UUUUGGCAUUCGUUUUUGGCAUACGCUGCUUUUGGCAAACCGAUCAUUAGUACUACAUAAUUUAUUAUUAUAUUCAAGCUUGUACGUACAGACCGCAAUUAGUUCCGAAUCGUGGGCAGUUAGCCACGCGGUGGAAUUGCUCACCAGAAAGCAACAGCAUGACUAAUUUACAGUACAAAAAAUAAACGUUCAAGUAAAGCGAGUGUUUUCUAAUACUGGUGAGUGCUCUUAUUGUUAGUUCCUGCUUUCGUAGUUUAAGCCUAGGAUGAUUGAGUUACUGUUAAGUGUGCGUUUCAUCGACUUUUUAGCGAAACCGUACAAAGACUGAUCUGUCAUCGCCGCCCUCCACGUGUCAGUAGAAAAUUUAAAUUUGCAGAUCAUUUCCUGUACAGUUUCGUUGAAAAGUCGAGAAGACGCUUACUCAACAGUAACUCAAUCAUCCUACGCUUAAACUACGAAAGCAGGAAACGAACCAAUUUUACGCAUUUUACGUAAAACCGAACUAAUUUUGCGACUAAUUAGAGCGCAGCGAUUGCGCAAUCCAAUACCGUCUUUUCAAAUAAAUUUGUUAGUUAGUAAACGAGAGAACGCAUGGUAUUAGCUCUCACCUGGCGGCUGUUCUGCUGCGUUGAAUUUUCUGCUAGUGUAUGUUCAAGGUGAAGACCAGCGUUUGGCGCAGUCCUCCGAUAAACGUGGCGUUUUAUUACUACCGCUGACUGUGUUAUGUUAUGUAUAAAGAAGUUAAUACAAAGAUUAAUUCGGCCAGAAUGAAAGCAAUCAUUAUUCUGAUCACUUUUGUCGCCGCGGCGCUUUCCAGUCCGAAUAAACGCGCCACCAGCGAUCAAAACCCCAAGAUAUGGAAGGCAUUAUCCGAGAACAGCGGUCAUGGCAAACUGUCUGCCGCGGAUGCGCGCGAUCUGUAUAUUAACGCCAAACCCGGCCAGGAUUAUCCAAACCUCAGUGGAAUUCCCGCUGGCAGAUUUGAUUGCGGAUCCGUAAAACCGGGAUUUUACGCCGAUGUAGAUUAUCAAUGCCAAGUUAUCCGACGAUGUGAUAUCAACGGCAACCAAACGGCGUACUUGUGCCCCAACAUGACGGUUUUUAAUCAGAUUACGCUGGUCUGUGACUGGUUCUACAAUGUGGACUGUAGCCAAGCCCGGAAGUGGUAUAACUACUCCAACAGCCGUUUGUACCAGGGCGCCGAUGUGGCGCUGCUGGACAAUCAAGACCAGAUCGAUGAGGCGGAACUGGAACCACCAAUACCACUUACUGACACAUACCACUCGGAGAUGGUGGAGUUUCCCACAACGACAGCACAGCAACAAGGAACGUUUGCUGUUCCUUUGGAAAUGGUCUAAACUCUCUCAUCCCGACGGACGAGGAUGCCCUGAAACAAAUUUGCCGUGCUAAAAUUUUAUCUACGCAGACUACGCAGUAUACCGUACAGUGUACAUUGGAUAUUUAAAGAGGAGAUUUUAUUGGUACUCACGCUUAAUCGAAUAUGUAGUUCUACAAUGCAAAUGCACACCGCAGUUAACUAAUCCUCAACUUUCGAUUUAGUCAUGCGAUUGGAUUUCGUACUAAUCAAGAAUAUAUUACUCAAGACGAACAUUACAGAAGUAUCUGGGUGCUAGUAUCGCAAUAUUAUUUUAUUUUCUUAUGUCUUAAUUUUCAUUGUCAAGUUCAUGUUAAGCGAAACUUUACGUGGGCCGGUGUACGAAUCUGUA